AAUAUUUAAGAUUUCAAAAGUCUAAGACGACACCAUUUCAAAUUUUCAAUAAAAACCAAAUUUUCUUUGUCAACUUCAAUAAACACUUAAUGAAAAUGAUUAAAAUAUCUUAUAGUGAGAAAGCGAAUGAAAAGGCUUUCUUAGUUUUGUAAUGAUCCAGCCCACAAUAUAUAUUGUUGGUUUCAGCCUAUCGGGUCUUACGGUUUUAAAACACAACAACAAAAGGUAACAAGUGUUGAUUUACAUACCCAAAAUCUCUAUUUUACACUGUCGGUGUGGGAUUUGCUUUCAAAUAUCACAAUUUUUUCCCUUUUGUUGCCCUGAUUUUCUCCUCUAUGCCUUGUUUUCUUCUUCCCCUAGCUGCUACUGCUUCUUUCAUCCUUUUGCCACUAUUUCUCUCCCCCCUUUGCCAUUGCUUCUCUCCCCCUUGAUAGUUAGAGGCAUGGUUAUUAAAAUUGCGUUUUAACUCGUAAAAUUGUACGAUUUUAUGAUUUUACCUAUGCAAUUUGUGUAAAAUCAAAGUUAAAAUGAGUUGGAAAACUGCCUUGAUAAGCACUUCCUUGCCUACCGUUAACAAUAACUUAUUCUUCCAACCUUAUAGUUUUGCCCAUACUUUGUCUCUUAUUGUUUUGAAUGUCUGUUCUUUUAUCUAAUGUAUUACUUCAAAUGCUACUAAUGAAUUCUCGUGGAUCAGUCUUUUGGAAACAAAGCUACUCUGAUUGUAUGCUACGUUGCAGAGACUGAUGGGCUUGAAAUCCUCCAGUUCGUUUGGUUAUUUGACUUUUAGAAUCAGUCAUAUGCUAGUCUUAUUUAGUUCUUAGCACCCCUUGAUGCAAGAAGCUUAGCACUUCCCACGUCGCAUCUUUUCCCUCCACAUACUAGUAAUUCUUAUAGAAUGAAUCGUCCAAUCCAUUCGACCCUAGAGCUUUGUGAGGUGAAUCUAAAAGAUUGUGUGUACGACCUCAUCCUUUAUGUACCUUGUCUCCAAUCCAGCCCUAAACUUAUCUAGCAAAACUCACUUCUUUAUAACACUUAGUGUAUCUAAUGUAUACUAGUCCCAUUGUGUUGUGAACAACUACUCAAAAGUAAUUGCAAAUUACCAUUGUGACCUACCUUUCGUUUGUUACAUAGUUCCCUUGCUUGUUCUUUAUUCCUGUUAUAGUGUUCUUGACCUUCCUUCGAGAAGCCUUAUCAUGAAACAAUGUUGUAUUUCUAUCCCCUUCCUUCAACCAGUCAAUUCUAGUUCUCUAUCUUCACAUCGCCUUCUUCCUUGCAUAGUUCAUUAUUCUACUUCUAAAGCUCUACUAUCCUUCCACCGUCUUCCUCAUCUCUGCUAUCUUUCAUUUUCUUUAGUUCGUUAUGCAGAUUUUCAAGUUGCUUCUAGACAUACCUAAAGGACAUUCAUUGCCAGUCCAUCAGCGCAUCUCUUUAUCCAUUUAUCUUGCAAACCAAUUAACAUUGAACCAAAGUUAGUUCUGCUCGUUCCUUCCAUCCUUCCUUGAUCACCAUCUUGCAAAUCCUCUUGCCUUCUUUACGUCUCCUCAAAAUGAAACUAUCUACUCCUUUUCAUAUUUGUGCACUUCUCCUACCUAUUUUAUAUCAUGAUGGAUAAAUGAUCAAAUACUGUUGUCAACAACUGAGCUAGUAGGAACAUCUAUUUCCAUUCCAUAGAAAAAACGUCCUUAUCUAGUUCUUGCUCUAUGAGGGCUCCAUCUGGCCUUCCUAAACCAAAUGUACCGGGGCCCCUUGAAGGGCAGCUUUUGUAGUCU